AUGUCUGUCAAGAAGAACUCUGUAUCUGAAAUACUCUAUGCAAAAGUGUUCACCAAUCAACAUCUUCUUGAGAACAUUCUCAUUUAUCUAUCCGAUGACUUCAGGAAGAAUUUGGAUGUUAGAUUGGUGAAUAAAUCAAUAAAUAACACAUUUCUCCGGCUAAUUAGAAGAGAUCAUCAAACAAUAAAGAUUGAGUACGCUUACAACGUAGAAGAUAUCGAAACCAGGGAGAAGGAUUAUAUUUAUAUCAAUUAUCGGAAAAUCAAUAAUCAGGGUGUGCCGCUAUAUUUUAUUUUCCUAAAUACUGCUGUUGGUGUGAAAGUUCAAAAAAUUACAACAAGAAGAUUAUGGAUGUUGGAAAAUGAAUUUAAGCGAAGGCUUCAUGACCUCAUUCAUUCCCAACUGAUUGGAAGCAAUGGAACCCAUAUUCAAUCAUUGAUUAAUUUGGAGGAAUUAUGCAAUAGAUGUGAGAAGUGUUCUAACAUUGCCAAGAAGUGUCUAGAGUAUGGUCCAUUGAGAUUCAGUACACUACAAACUAUGAGUUAUUCAAAGAACUACAAGAAACUGCAUGUAACUGAUAAACUGUUCGAAGACAUUGCAGAGUACUGUAUCUCUAAGUCAAAAAACAAAGAAGAAUGUUUCAAAGAACUGGAUAAAACUAUUCCUUCGAUCAUCUCCUGCGAUAAACUUGCUAUAUGGAUCAAUUUGAAAUUCAAGCAUGUCGAAGUGAGCUUGUCCUACUCAAGAAGCUGCGUGGCAAGCAUCGGAAACCCCCCUCCAGAAACUACAGAAUCGGCAGGAUAUCACAAUUUUAUUCCGAAUAUCAGAAGACUGUUCCCGACAGAUCAAAUAUCAAUGGAACUGACCCAUUGGUAUUUUGUACCAAAAAUCGAUAUUGAGAAGAAAAUGUCUACAAUAUUGCAAGUGGUCACCAUGGAAAAACCGCAGAAGUUGAGUUUAGACAUCAAGUUUUUUGUGCAAUCAGGAAUUGUCAAAAAGCUCAAUGAGGAGACGAAUAGGGAAGAAUUGUUGGGAAUUGAUCCGCGAUAUGUUCUGCAGCCAGAAAGAUUACACUGCUUUAAGAAAUCGUCAUCGUUCAAUGCAGAACAUGGUCCGGAGGUAUUCCUUGACAAUAAAUGGAUUGGAAGAAGAUUUCAAGUUGAGGAUACUGUCAAUCGAUUCAAUUUCAAUUUGGAUGUUUAUAUCAAGGAGAAGGAGUUGGAAGAGAAAUUCGAUAAGGAAAUGCUGCAAACAUAUCCUAAUUCUUUUGUUGGACACUUUUUCGCAUGA